AUGGCCCGUCUGAGCGUCGCGUUCCUCGCGCUGCUGCUCCUUGCCGUAAUCAUCUGCGCAGAGGCGGGCAAGGCGAGCACGCUGAGCAAGAAGGGCAGCAAGGACAAAAAGGGCGGCGUGAAGAAAGGAGAAGUGAAGGCAGGAGGCGAGGUCAAAUCAGGCGUUAAGGCAGGAGGCGAGGUCAAAUCAGGCGUUAAGGCAGGAGGCGAGAUCAAAGCAGGCGUGAAGGCGGGAGGCGAGAUCAAAGUAGGCGUGAAGAAGGGCGGUUCCAAGAAGGGCGGUUCCAAGAAGGGCGGAUCGAAGAAGCCAGUGACGACAUCCAGGCAGGUUGGUGCUUCUUCCGCUAAGGGCGCCGAGCUGACGAGCAACUCGGAUUCAUACAACACCUUCGACGCGGGCGAGGUUACGAUCAAGGGCGUGUCGUGGAAUGCGAAGCAGUGCCCGAACGAUUUGGCUAAAAAGGACUGGGGCGGUUGCACCGCCGUCAACUGCUCCAAGGGCGGCUGGCCCGCCAAGUUUAAGACGUCGAUCAUUACGGCGAAGAAGGGGAAGCACUGGGCGACCAUCCUGCCCAACGGCGGGUUUUCCAAGAAGAAGGCUAAUCCCGAGGCGUGCUGCAACCAGUGCGCCGCGAGCCACGACUGCACCUACUGGCAGUACAUCCCAGGCAACGGCGGAGAGCCUGGGACGUGCGAUCUGAUGGCCGGCGAGCAGAAGUUUGAAUGCGGCGACCUGGCAGCAAUGUACGAGGGCAAGGACAAGCCCGUGUACCUGCAGGGUGCGGCUCUUGUUGUCGACGGGAAGGCCGUUCACACGUGGAUCAAGUAA